UAUGGCUACAGUCGUCUUGAAUGUAGAAGUCAUGAGUACAAACGGGAUCGUGAACCUAGCAGAGUACCAGAGAACAUGUUAAAACGUCUAUCUCAAAAGAACAAAAAAUUACUGAGUUAUGUAUGGAGUUGUUUGAGGAAAAACGUACCAAAGUCAUCGAAAAUUCAUCGUUUUAUCAAACAUAGUGCAAGACGGCAGAAAAGCACACACAAGAUUGCUGUCAGAUUUGUACAAAAAAUGAGAAGGAAACCAAUUGUCAGGCCAAGAAAAAUUAAUUCUUUAAUGAAAUAUGGUUACAAUUCAAAUAAAGAUAAACAUGGAAAGAAAUAUUUCAAAUACUUUAGAUUGUUUUCCUGCAAUUUCCCACAUAGUGAGUACAAAAAUGUUACUCAUAAAGGGAAUUGUACAAGGUACAGGCUUUCAAAUGAUAUAGAGAAAAACCCUGGUCCUCUUAUGCACGGUGUUGAUCGUACUAAAACAAUACAAGCACCAUAUAGUCAAGGAGAUGUUCAUGUAUUUGGGCAAAAUGCAGGGCGGCAAUGUGUUGUAAUGAGUGUAUGUGCUUUAAUACACCACAAUACAAAAGGAAUAAGUAACUCUGGUGACUUAAAACAAAUAAUGCAUAUUGGCAAUCAACUUUACAGUAGUUUAUCACAAGUAGCAAGAUGCUCUUAUUUACUGCUAACUGAAUUACCAACAAUGCUUACAGUAGCAGAAGAAAAUUUCCGGCUGGAAUACAGUGCAAGCUAUAGUGGCAAUGUCCAUGGUGAGGCUACCAUUGAAGGAUACGAAUACUGUUUAGGCCUAAAAAGAGCUUUUGAGUCAUUGAUAUCACAACAAUACAGAUCAUUUAUUUUGACAGUUGGUUGUAUUACUGUCAGUAUUGUUAACUGUGUUUAUAAUGGCCAUUUUAAAGUGUUUGACUCUCAUGCCCUAGAUAUUUAUGGUAAGAGUCAUCGUCAAGGGACUUGUGUACCGUUAGAUAUACCAUCUAAAGAAAACUUAAUACAAUACUUUCAAAGUAUAUAUGGAAUACACCAAAUGUAUGAACUUAAAGGUUUACAAAUAAUAAAAUAUGACAUAAUGUUUUUGUGCAAUGCUGUAUCACGUUAG